GAGAAGCUCAGUUCCUGAUUAAGUAAGUGAAUUAGAGCGCAUGUGAUUCUCUUCCUCUUUCAGUCUGACUCUUUGGCUACGCUGGCACAUCGUCUGAGAAAGGGCAAGCUACGUCUUCCGGACGAACUGUUGCUUCAGCUGCUGAGAUGUUCCUGUGCUGUUGGUUGGGUCUGGUGGCUCUCAUCCCCACAACCUUAAGCACCAAUCCUGGAGUAAAGGUCAGGCUGACAGAAAAGGGCAUUGAAUAUGGCAGGCAACUGGGCAUGGCUGCCAUCCAGCAGAAACUCGGAUCAAUCAAAAUUCCAGACUUUUCUGGGACAGAGAAGGUGUCUCCGAUUGGAAAGGUUCAGUAUAGUUUGUCAAAUAUGCACAUAGUUAAUGUGGGCUUACCAAAGUCUUCAGUGGAUCUGGUGCCAGGGACUGGAGUCACACUGUCUAUAGGUGAUGCCUUCAUCAGUCUGAAUGGAAACUGGAGGGUCAAGUACCUGCGAAUAAUAAAGGACAGCGGGUCUUUUGAUUUGGAUGUGAAUGGUCUCAGUAUCGCUACAACCAUCUCCAUCAAGAGUGACGAGACAGGCCGACCAGCGGUCAGCAGUGACAGCUGCUCAGCCACUGUUGGAAGUGCAAAGGUCAAGUUUCAUGGUGGAGCGAGCUGGCUGUACAAUCUCUUCACAACAUUUAUUAAUAAGGCUCUGCGCAAUGCACUCCAGAAACAGAUCUGCCCCCUGGUGGCUGAUGCAGUAUCUGAUUUAAACCCUCAGCUGAAAACUCUCAAUGUCUUAGCCAAGGUGGACAAGUAUGCAGAGAUUGAAUAUUCCAUGGUAUCAUCACCGACUGUUUUAAAGUCCUCGAUAGAUCUGAGCUUGAAGGGGGAAUUUUACAACAUCGGGAAACAUCAGGAGCCUCCGUUCUCACCAGCGGCCUUUUACCUGCCACCCCAGAACAACAACAUGUUGUACAUCGGCAUGUCUGCCUUUACUGUCAACUCUGCAGCCUUCGUCUACAACAAUGCUGGAGUCCUCAGCCUGUCCAUCACUGACGACAUGAUACCAAAAAGCUCUCCAAUCCGACUCAACACCAAAACGUUUGGAGCCUUUAUCCCACAGAUUGCUAAGCAGUUCCCAGGUCUGAUGAUGAAGCUGCUGGUGAAGACAGUGAAAACCCCCACACUGACCUUUGAGCCCAACAACGCAACAGUCCAGGCCACCACCACAGUGACGGCCUUUGCCAUCCAGCCCAACUCUACUCUGUCGCCUCUUUUUGUCCUGAACUUGGAGGCCAGCGUGAGUGCCCGUAUGUUUGUCAGUGAAAUGAAAUUGGCUGCAGCUGUCACCCUCAACAAAAUGGAUCUGACCCUGGACAAAAGUAAUGUGGGAGACUUUCAGGUCAGCGCCCUCAAUAGCAUCUUACAAGGGGUCUUCCAAUUGGUGGUGAUACCCACAGUUAAUGUCCAACUUGCUAAGGGAUACCCACUGCCCACAAUUGGAAAGAUGAAGCUUAUGAACACCCAGCUUGAUGUGCUGAAGGAAUGA